AUGAACAUUUGGAUUGCUGCUAGUGACGGAAGGGCUGAGCUUGUCGAGAAGUUUCUCUCGGAAGGGUUCACCGCAGAAUCAAAAGAUCCUAACGGAUACACGCCCAUUCACGCCGCUGCUUCAUAUGGUCACAUUGACUUGCUGCGGGAGCUUUGCUCCGCGCCUUACAGCGGGAGCGUCAACGUGAGGGACAACGAUGGAGACACGCCGCUGCACCACUGCGAGGAUGCCAACACUGCCCGUGUUAUCCUGGAAGAGCUCGGGGGAGACGCUAAACUGACAAACAACGAAGGAAAGACCGCUUUGGCUGUGUGUGAAGAAGAUGGAGAAUUCACAGAUCUGAUACAAUAUCUGAGAGGUGUCAGUGGCCAACAAGAGGAACCGCUCGGUAUUGACAGUGAGCAACUAGCCCAAUUCAAAGACAAUUUGCGCUACACCCUCGAAAAUGAUCCCGAAACAGAUGAUCCUCAAAGCAUUGAGCGUCGCCAAAAGCUGGAGCAAAUCCUCAACGGAGGGAACCCAGAGCAAGAUUUAGAAAACUAUAUAAGGGACCUUGUUCGCUCUCAACUUCUUGCUGAUGAUGAGCCCAGCAAGAGGAGAAAAGAUUGA